CGUGUCCGCUCAAUCUUUCAUUUCGUUUCAUUCCGUUCGGACAACAGGUGUUCGUUUGCGAGUCGCUGGCCAACCUGUAUCUGGGAAGCGCGUCGCAAACCGAGAGAUGGGAGCUUCGAUUCACCGGCAUCCCGGUGGUGGUGUUGGACCUUGGGGAAACACGGUCGAGAUCCAAGAGGCGGAUCCAGAUACUGUUGGCUGAGCGUGGCACAUGCUUUACUCUUUGGAGAGAGACCAUCGACAAUUUGUCGUCGUACAAGGUAUCGGGCCCGGCGUUCCACACGAUGUGUCUCUCGUCCGAUCACACGCGCCUCGCCGGCCUCAGCUUCGACAAUCCGAAAGCGGCGAACGACCUUUGGCAGCACAUCGAGAGACUCGUCUCCUGCCCGGAGAACAUCAGCCUCUCGAUACCGGGGAAGAAGAAGAAGAAGCCCGUGCAGAAGAAAGUAGUAUUGCCGACCAAGAGCAACAUCAGCCAGCCGUGUCAGUUUCAACACGUGACCAGCGUCGACGCCGCCGACCGGUCACGAUACUUCUCCCUUCAGACCAUGGUGCCGCCCCUCAACGAGCUAGAGAACUCCCUGGAAGCAAAUUUCUGAGACAACGAGAAGCCACGAACGGUCGUUUAGGCUUGGCUGCUCGUUCAUCUGUCCCGCCUACGUUCUACGAAUCUAUGUGUGCGCCCGAUAAGAUUCUACGCGCGCUUUAUUGUCACGUCGGCCAUCAUCUCCGAGCUUUCGAAGGAAAAUCUGCCAAAUCUUGUCGUCUUCCUACUGUCAUUUCGUUUCGAUGUGUGUGUGUGUAGUAAUCUUGAAAAAAAAAGAAGAAAAAAACGAAUGGAACGCGAAUUGUCCUUUUUCUUGUCCUCUUCGCGAUCAAAGAAGAGGGAGAGGAGAAAGGAUCGUUACGAAUUCUCGAUCGCUCGGAGGAAUUCUCGAAAAAUCGGGAGAAAGAGGAAAAAUCAAAAUGUAUAACCUGUUACUUCCGCUGUAAUUGUUCGAUUGGCAUUUAGAGAGCUCGUCGAUCGAUUUUGUCGAUCGCUGUCGUUGCACUUGACGUUUAAGAUUCAUUGUAGUUGGCACGAAUCGACGAAUGAAAGCCGUUGGAUGUAACGAAGUUGAGAAAUUCCGCCGUUUUACGCGGAAUUAUCCUAUUCAAUGUUGGAAGCAUUCCUGAAUUUCGAACGAAUUCGUAUAACGCUAUAUACAACGUUACGUUAUAAUGUGGAAUGCGCGACACGAAGUGCAGGCGUGCAGAGUGAAGAAGAAGAUGGAGAGUAUUUUUCAGACUGUGGGCCAUAUCGAUAUAAAAUCUAUGCCAACAAUCUUCUUACUUUGCCGGAGCUUUUUCGAAUCGAGGAAUUCUGUCCGAGUAACGGACUGCGAGCAAGACUGCUGUUCCAUCAUUCUGUCCUGUGUAUUUUAGAGGUGCGAGUUAAACGUAGGCAUGACGAUAAUAGCGUUAAAAUGUUGCUUUGUUAUUCGACGUUGAUCGUUAGUCUAACUGGCGCCCGGUGGUUCUCGAUACGGGGGAAAAAAUACGCGCGUGUAACUUCAGCUCUCUUACUGCUGGACAGAGUUUGCUUCUACGUCUAUUUUUUUGGUAGAACGUCGAACAGUCAUGAAAGAGGAAAGAAAGAUCAGAAAUUUGCGAAGAUGGCGUGAUUUUAAAUAACUGUUAAGUAACUUUCCCGCUCGUAAGGACACGUAGUAGCGUCGCCGUGUUGUCAUCGUUGUCAACGCGUAACCGUGUACGAAAUAUCAAAGGAAUAAUUAAUUCGUUCCCUCUCGAACGACAGUGUGUGUUAAAUGCAUUUACGCAGCAAGAUCGGUGAGAAGCAACUGUUAAACUGUGUUUGUUUGCUUAAAAUCGCCCGGAGAUCGUCCGGCGAUCGUUGGACACCUUGAUUGCCCGUGAAUAACCUUCGACACCGACUAACAGAAUUAAUUUCUUUGUCUACGACUGUGAUAUAUAAAUAUAUUUGUAUAGUUACAUUUCGUAAUGUGUAUCUCCAUUGGUUAAUCGUUUUGAUAUGUAAGUUUUACCACCAUCUUUUCGCAUGUAAUGAUUAUGGUAAUAAACAGUAUGUUUACGUAACAGA